UGAAGCUUCGGAGAACAUUUAGAGGUUAUAUGAAUGAUUUGGACGAACUCGUGGAAUACAGAGAAGUGAUUUCAGGCAAUAAGUUUUGUAAAGAUGAACUUCUACAAAUACUGAAGAACGUUGACGUACGUUAUGAGUUGUGGAAGUAUUAUGAAGUGUGCGGCGAGAAAAUCGAACAUUGGCUUCAAACACCAUUUUUUAAGUCGUCCAAACCAGUUAUGAAAAAAAGAAGACGCGAGAGAAUAAAUAACAGUUUGAACGAACUGAAAAAUUUGCUUUUAGAAUCAAGGAAAAGAGAUACGGCUUGCUGCUCAAAGUUAGAAAAUACUGACAUACUAGAAAUGACCGUGCAGUAUUUAAAAUCCAUCCGAAUGCAACAAGUAAAAGCAAUCAACCAUAACAGAUCCUGUUGCUUUGGCUCAUUACAGAGCAGGUUUCAAUCACAGCGCUAUGGAAAUCAACAAAUAUCUUAUGGAUACACCUGAUUUACAACUUAAAGUCCGUAAUAGACUUCUUACACAUCUCUCAAACACUUGUCAUGCUGUAUUCAGUAACCAUCAAACCAUUCAACACACAAAACAAUACAAUCUACCAAUGUACCAAUUGCCUGCAACAGUUAUCACUAAUGAACCUUCGUCUUCAAAAGAAAUAUUUUUCAAUUCAUCAACAUCAAUGUUCGUUUGAUUUUGCUCGUUAAGGAAAAUUCGUGUUUCAGAGUGGAUACAAUUUUUGAAUUCUUCCAUUAAAAUUAACUGC